AUGCCUGCAGCCCGCCGUAAGCGUGGGCCGCAGAAGGAGAAGUCGACCAAGAAACAAAAAGUAAAUGAGCAGCCUACCACUUCGGUGUCUCUGGUCUGGGAUGUGUGGGUAAUCAUCUGCCAGAUGAUGAACCAACCCAAGACAGGAGACAUGUACAAUAUGUCUCUGGUUUCCAAGAGCUUCAAUGCCAUCAUGACUCCGAUCCUGUACAAUUCCCUUAUCCUGGGUCCAGGCCGGUCCUCAGCAGACCCGGAAUCUUCAAAGAAAACUACUCCACAGGUCUUCGAGAAUCUUGUGCGCCGACUGCUGGACGAUUCGAAUGCCCGGUUGAGAAGAUACGUACAGGUGGUCACCGUUCUCAAUUUCGACAGCUGGCUCGCCUCCAGUGCAGAUAUACCAUUCCGAGAUUUCAUCCUGGGCGAUGGAUUUCCAGCGCUACUAUCCCAUCUCCCUAACCUCCGCCUCGUCAGAUUCUUUGGUUCACUACAAAUUGAUGGAUUCCCUCGGGCCAAGAUUCACCCCAAUAUCUGUGACCUUCCGGGAAAACCAGAGAUUCAGCUCCUGGGGGAGAAGGGCGAGUAUGACGAAACACCUCCUCAGCCUCUUUCCUCCGUCUCGACAUUGCAUGCAGAAAUCGACCGGUGCAGUGUGCAUGAAGCUCGCUGUAUAGGUGCUGGUAACCUGCUAUUUGAAUGCCCGAACCUCAGCACCUUGUCGCUCAGUGCCCUCAGCUACUCGCAGCGGACGACGCGUUUCUUUGUCCCGCGUCCCAAUGUGUUUCUGAUCGGCAACCAGUCCUUUCCUCCCAUCAGGGAUUUGACCUUGAACGGUUGGCAGAUCUAUGACGCCGAAUUGUUUCUUUGGCGGGACCGAUUCCCCUGGACCCUUCUCACGUCUCUCUCCCUGGGCCCAGAGCCGACCCAUCAAGUUCUUCGCAUAAUGGCUGGCUACCCCCGAACUCUCAAACAGCUCAAAGUAGAGGCAUAUGCUGGAGAGGGCGAAAGCGCUUGCCUUGCUCUUGCAGAGUUCCUAUCACCUCUAUCCCAGGUCGAAUCUCUGCUGAGCCUGGAGUUGAGGAACUACUUCUGCGACAUGUGGCCCAUUGUCCAGCAUUCGAAACUGGUCAACCUGUGUGUGCACAAUACAGAGCCAUGGACUCCCGGUGAGGCUCGCCGUGUGUUAUCUGUUGAGGACUUGGUACUUCUCGAUGAGCACUGCCCAAAUCUCGAGACACUGGACCUGGAUAUCGACCGCCCUAACGACGAAUGGCCAUGGGAGACCAUUUAUACCCUCGCAACCGGCUUCAAGAACCUGCGCAAACUCUCCCUCCACGUCGAAGUCGGGAUCGCCAACCUGAAGACCCGCCUGGCCCCGGUCUUCAACUACGCCUCAGCAAAAGAGAUUGGCCGGGACUUCUACCGAGAUCGAUGGGAGGCCUCUAAGCACCACCAGGGCAGUCCCUCCCACCCCUCCCCCACCGCUGAAAAGUUCCCGGGCAGGUUCCCUCACCUGGUUCUGUGGAGCGGGGGCUUUCUCUGCCGAAACCCCAAAGUCGAGCCCCGGCGCGCGUGCUUCGAAGAAAACCACACGGCGACCUUCUGGAUCUUCCCGCCUGCAAAUCCCGGGGGAGAGCCCGAGUUUCACCACUUGCAGCGGUGGGAACUCGAUGCAAUCCAGAAGCCGUGCGCCGUGGGCUCGGCUUACUACAAGAGCCUCCAGCGCCGGGUGGAGGCUGUUGUGGAGGGACCUAAGCCGCUGAAGGGAAAAUCAGAGGGAUCUAAGAAGACAAAGAAGGGUUGA